AUGUCUACUUCAGCACCAUUUGUUUUAAUGUCCAGAUUCAGCACCAUGGUAUCAACAGCAGCCAACAGAAGAAAGUUCAUCCAGUCAUCUAUCGCACUACUGAGGACAUACAGCUUUGAUGGGAUAAACUUGGACUGGGAAUUCCCCGGUACACGAGGAAGCCAUCAGCAGGACAAACAGAGAUUCACGCUGUUGUGCAAGGAACUCCUAUCUGCUUACGAGGCUGAGGGAAAAGCAAGUAGCCGUCCCAGAUUACUGGUCACUGCUGCUGUGGCUGCUGGCAAAGGAACCAUCGAUGCCAGUUAUGAAGUCGCAGAGAUUGCCAAGUACCUGGAUUUCAUUAAUGUGAUGACAUUUGACCUUCAUGGCACCUGGGACAGGGUCACAGGACAUCACAGCCCUUUAAACCAGAGAUCCCAAGACACUGGAGGUCGUAUUUACUUAAAUACUGCCUUUGCAAUGCAGUACUGGCGAGACCAGGGGGUACCUGCUGAAAAGCUGAUUUUGGGAUUUGCUGCAUAUGGGCGAACCUUUACUCUGUCGUUUCAAUCCAGUGAGAUUGGAGCACCAAUCAGUGGUGCUGGUAAUGCGGGUCGUUACACCAAGGAGGCAGGCUUCUGGUCCUAUUAUGAGGUUUGUCUUAAUCUUGAGGGAAAAACUGUCCAGUGGAUUGCAGACCAGAAAGUUCCAUAUGGUACCACAGGAAAUCAGUGGGUCGGAUUUGACAAUAAAGACAGCAUUAAUGCUAAGGUCAGCUACCUAACAGAAAACAACUUCGGAGGCGUCUUUGUCUGGUCUCUGGACCUGGAUGAUUUUAAUGGGCAGUUUUGUAAACAGGGAAAAUACCCCCUAAUCAGCCAUCUGCAUAGUCUUCUGGUGUCAGGUAAACCGAAACGUUGUAAAAAAGAAAAAAAAAAACUAUCCUAUCCUGCAGAAUGGUAGAGGUAUAAAAAUGAAAUUUUGUGCAAAAUUUCAGCAGUUAAGCUCAGUCAUAGUCAGACCAUGUAAUGAUCAGAUAACACUACCUUACAAUAUGUGACUCAUUUUUUCUCACCUUCCACAAACCUCUCUAGAUAUAGGAGUUCCCACCAUUGAUGAGACUCCACCUGCAGUCACCAAAGAUGAGCCAACCACUACUACUACUACCACUACCACUGCCACCACCGCAUCCUGUGCUGAGCAAUCUGAUCCAAAUUUCUGCAUAGGAAAGACCAGCGGGCUCUAUCCCAAUCCUAGUAACCUAAAUUCUUUUUACAAUUGUUUCAAUGACAUUACAUAUGUCCAAAACUGUCCCUCUGGUUUAGUCUUCCGAGAUAGCUGCAAAUGCUGUGGACGCCCUUAAGUGGGAGUCUAUCAUUAAUACUCCAGGAGUGGUAAUAUAUAUACAAUCAAAAAGGAUGCUUUACAUAAAGCUUUACUUGUUCUCACUAUUCAGAACAAGAUUUUAAAAAUGCUUUGCUUCAUUUUAAUGUCAGGUUCUUGUUAUGCGGUGUUAUGUAAUGAAGUCUAGCUGAAUGCCUCCUAUUUAGAUAGUAGAAGUGUAAGAAUAACCUUUUUUCUUUUUCAAUACAACAUAAAAUACAGGGAAAUUGUGAUGUCAUGGUUGUGUACUAUUUUCAGAAUUAAAUAA